CGCUACCCGUUGUUUACUUGCGAAAUAAACACGGAUCAUAAACUGUCAACAUACAGAUUCAGAUUUAAUGACUGUGGCGGAUUAUUAUUGCUCUAAAAUUUAAAUUAAAGGCUGGUUCAACGGCAUUAUGGAAGUGACCAGAUAUCUGAUCUUGGCAUUUCUGCCAUUUAUGGAUGUUUCAUUGGACUUACUUGGUACAGUAGACGCUGGAUGCAUUACUCAGCAAGUAAAAGCCGUUUUCUCAUUAGACGCGACAAACAACAUAAAUCAGGAACAACGGCAAUAUAUGUUCAAAUUUGUUGGAGAAGUUUCGCAGACCUUUCCAGAUGGAAGUGAAGGUAGCUGUGCAUAUAUAAACAAUGAGAAUGUAGAACUUUUGGAAUUUUUUUCUCCGAUUAAGAACACUAAUCUGAGCUCGCUACUUGAAACAACUUAUAAGGAGAAAAUCAAGCUAGGUAGAAAAAUAUCAACAAGUGCCCUUGAAAACGAAACUUCAAAACGCUUUUCAGUCAGCGACUUUAAAUCGAAAGCAGAAGUAUUUUAUCUUAUUGUUUCUGAUAAGACCGACUUUGAAGAUUUUCCAGCGAUUCUAUUGAAGAAAAAGGUAUUUGUUAUUGUACUUGGCUCGACUAUACCGAUAGCGCUGAAGAACCUCGCCACUAGCAACGAGCACGCCUAUCUUAUUAGAAGUCUAGACGAUGUAAGCAGAGUUUCGGACAAUAUUGCUAAACAAACAUGCAUCGAUUCACAUUACAAAUGUGAUGUUGAUCAAUAUAUGAAGAAGCGAUCGAUCAAAUGCAAGUCCUGUAUGUCCGUCUGUUCAGUAGUAACCACUACACGGUCCAACACGUGCACGCUCUUGUGUCCAUACUUUCGAAGGCCACCUAAAGAAGAUGCCGUAAAGAGGGAAAGAGUUACAGAUAAGAAACACGACAAUAAAGGAACAGCAAUUAUUGUUACCGUCUAUGUCAUGUUUGCUCUCUGUAUUGUUACGGUUAAUGUUGUCACCUUCAGAGUUUGCCGUAGGAAAAAGCUAGCAUGUUUCGCGACGGAACACUUACAAGAUGAUCUUCAUACUGAUCAUCCUAUCCAUGAAUCUGAUGCAGUACCUGAAACUGAGGAUCCAAACAAUACGGUUUUAGAUCGAGAAAACGGCAGUGCAAUCCCAUUGCUCGACGGCGUUGUUACAGCUAACAGCUCCUUGCCAGCUUCCACAUCAUGUUCUCAGGGCUUUAAUAUCAACUUCCGGAACAAUACAGAACUAGACAUGAAUGGCCAUGUGUUUGCAGGAUCGACUUUCCAGCCUGUUCACUAAAACAGUGUAAGGAAGACAAAGGAAAGAUCUGAACAUUACUGUUAACCAUUUAAUUAAAGCGUUGAAGGAACGGACAAUCUUUUUAACAAUAUAAUAUUGUAAUGCAUUUGCGUGAGUAAGAAUUCAAAGUGUAUUUAUAUUUGUAUAUUAACUGUCAGCUUAACUUGCGAACUACAAUGUUUUUAAACUUAGGAGGGCAUACCUUUUGAUGCACUUCUCAGAACACAAAAUGAUACAAAACGUAGCUAGCAACAUCAGCAAAAUAUCAAAAAUCAUUAACAUAUAUUAUUAUGUCCCCCCCCCCCCGCGCCCCCCUCCACACAAACACACACACAAACACACACACUGGGGGAGACAUAUUGUUUUUACCCUGUCCGUCCGUCAGGCAGGAAGGCAUUCCGUCCGUCACACUUCAUUUAUGAUAAAAAAAACUAGAGAACAAUUUGACCUUCAAACUUCAUAGGGUUGUAAGGCUUAUGGGGUAGACGACCCCGAUUGUUUUUGGGGUCACUGCAUCAAAGGUCAAGGUCACAAGGGCCUGAACAUGGAAAACUCUUUCCGAUCAAUAACUUGAGAAUCAUUUGACCCAGAAUGUUGAUACUUCAUUGGACAUGCAGAGUAGACUACCCCUAUUGAUUUUGGGGUCACUCUAUUAAAGGUCAAGGUCACGGGCCUUAUCAUUGAAAACCAUUUCUGAUCAAUAACUUGAGAACCUCUUGACCAAGAAUGUUGAAAUUUCAUAGUGACUACCCCUAUUGAUUUAGGGGUCAUUUUGUUAAAGGUCAAGGACACAGGGACCAGAACAUGGAAAUCUAUUUCUGAUCAGUAACUUGAGAACAAUUUGAGCCAGAACCUUUAAAAUUAACAGGAUGAUACGACUAAUGUUUUUGGGGUCACUCCAUCAAAGGUCAAUGUCACAGAAGCCAUCUGCCUGUCACAAUUCAUUUUCGAUCAAUAAAAGGAGGACCAUUUGAUCUAGAACCGUCAAACUUAAUUGGGUGACAGGGCUUACAAAGUAGAUGAUCCCUAUUUUUUUGUAGUGGGGUGGGGGGGGCACUCGAUCAAAGGUCAAGGUCACAGGGGCCUGAACAUGGAGAACCGUUUCUGAUCAAUAACGUGAGAACCACUUGAUCCAGAAUGUUGAUACUUCAUAGGAUAAUUGGAAAUAUAAAGUAGGUGACUCAUAUUGAUUUUUGGGUCCCUUUGUCAAAGUUUAAGGUCACAAGGGCCAGAAAUUGGAAAACAGUUUCUGAUCAAUAACUUGAGAAUCAUUUUACCCGGAACCUUCAAACUUCAUAGGGUGGUAGGACUUACAGAGUGAAUGAACCUUACUAAUUUUGGGGUCACUUGAGCAAAGGUCAAGGUCACAGGGGUCUUAACAUGGAAAACGCUUUCCAAUUAAUAACUUGAGAAUCACUUGGCCCAGAAUGUUGAAACUUCAUAGAAUGAUUGGACAUGCAGAGUAGAUGACUCAAAUUGACUUUUGAGUCACUCGAUCAAAGGUCAAGGUCACACGGGCCACUAAGACGCUACUAUGCAUUGGGGGAGACAUGAGCUUUUCCACAAAAACAUCUUCUAGUUUAACUUGGUAUCUUUUCGUGAGUAUGUUGUAGAUGAUAAAAGUGGAGUCCCUUUAAAUCAUGUGCAAUAGAAUGGUGUAUCCUGUUGGUAAUUUUCCCAAAACGUUCGUUCUAAAUUCGAUGGAACGUUAAGCCUCGUUGGAAAAAAGCCCCGAAUGGUACCCUUCUGUAAUAAUGAUUAUGUCAUUGUUUGAAAAACGAUUAUUUAGCUGAGUCUACACCUGUAGGGUUUACACUUGUAUCACGAGACAUGCGAGAUAGGUGAGUGCUCAAUUAAAGUUCGGAAUAUGACUGUCGUUGUGCACAUUGCUGGUUUUUAAAUGGAUGAGACGAAAUUGUAUUUGUAUGAAAGUAUGUUACGUUUGACAAUAGCAUUUCUUGUAUUUCUUCUUUCCUUAGACUGUUUACUAAUAUUAUCAAGCUAAGAACAAUCCAGGAAUGGUGUUUUCUUAUGUAAGCAAAAUACUAGAGAUUGAAAUAAUAACACAGUUUACUAAUCUAUCCAGUGAUGUUCUACAAAUGAGUAACAUCAGUUCAUAAUUGCGACAUUUUGUCAAAAGGAACAAAAUUAUAUCUGCUGUAUUAGGCACUGAGUGAUUAUUCUGAUUAAAGUUUUCUUUCAGUAAAUAAACUCGCAGAAUCAUUUACAACAAAAAUUAUGUGUAUGAUAUAAAUAUUCUGAUUAGAUUUCAACUAUAACUAAGAAUUAACUUACAUACCAAUGUUCUCAUGUAUGUGUAUAUUAUCAUAUUAUUGUUAUGUACUAGUGUGCAUUUGUAUGAGAUUUUUAUACGCCCGAAGGGCGUAUUAUGUUAUAGCUUCGGUGUCCGUCUGUCAGUCCGUCCGUCCGUCCGUUAGAAAUUUCGUGUCCGCUCUGUAACUCUUUCACCCAUUGAAGGAUUUCAAAGAAACUUGACACAAAUGUUCACCACACCAAGAUGACGGUGCAGAGCGCAUGUUUUAGAUGUCUCGCUUCAAUGUCAAGGUCACACUUAGGGGUCAAAGGUCGUAUCAGUUUGUUUCGUGUCCGCUCUGUAACUCUUCAACUGCUUGAAGGAUUUCAAAGAAACUUGACACAAAUGUUCACCACACCGAGACGACGUGCAGAGCGCAUGUUUAGGAUGUCUCACUUCAAGGUCAAGGUCAAACUUAGUGGUCAAAGGUCGUAUCAGUUUGUUUCGUGUCCGCUCUGUAACUCUUGAACUGCUUGAAGGAUUCCAAGGAAACGACGUGCAUAGCGCAAGUUUCGGAUGAUUCGCUUCAAGGUCAAGGUCACACUAAGGGGGUCAAAGGUCAUAUAUGACUGCUUUGUGUAUAUUGCUCUGUAUUGCAGUGCUCUUGUUUUUAUUUGGCAGAUCCCUUUUAUGUUCAGUUACAAUAAUGUUCUUUUAAUUACUUCCCUUUAAUGUUACUAUAAAUAGCUUAUUUUGAAACUUUUUUUUAUUAUUGGCCGUAGGGAAAAACUGAGACCACUUUUCUGUGUUACAACAUGGAUGGUACCUCAAUUUUUUAUGUGUACCUUGGAAGGAUUUUUUUUUUUGGACUUAGACAUUUUUUUUGGAAUUUCUUCCCUUUGUUGUUCCUGUCCUUUGGGCUUCAACAGUCAAGUUCUUUAGAUUUUGCUCCCAUCCUCUGAUGUAACUCUUCGGGCGUAUAUUGCCCGGCUUGGCGGAGCUCUUGUUUGUUUAUGAAAUGCUGUUGCUGUUAUUGUUGUUUUCGUUGUUUUUGUUGUAUUUUUUUUGUUUACUUGUUGUUGUUUUUUUUUCAUUUACUUGUUAUCAGGCUUUUUAUAAGAUAAACAAUUGUGUUGAUAUUGUGUCACUUAUUAUAAAUGUACCCGAAAGGAAACAAUUUUUGAGAAAAAACGGAACUGAAGAUAUCACACUGUCAUAUUACUACUAACAAAAAGUGCUUCAUUAGGAAAUCAUUAUGUUUGUUUGAAUUCUUCACUGAUGCAGCAUUAAUAUUUUUAUAUCUAAAGGCCCCAUUGUUCUUCACCGGUCUGCAACCUCACUUUUGUUUCAAAUUUUUGUGUGUUUAAAGUUAUCAUCACAUUUGCUGUAUGUUAUCUCACCACAGUCUUCUAAUUACGGUAAGCAACCAAUUUGAAAGAAGUUACGAAUAACAUACCCAAAGCGGCAUGUAAAGGUUAUAAUAUUUAAACGGAGAUAAAGCAAAACUUAUUAUUUCAUAGCGUCUCGUGGAUAAAAUCAAAAUAGUCUGCCAUCGUUUUCUAUCUCCCUAUAUAAGUUUGAUUAAUACAUAGCUCAGGGAUUAACUUUCAAACUAUUUUCCCAACGCCAAAAUGCAGUUAUUUUCCAAGAUAUGUACUACAAAAUCAGCAUUACGUACCGGGAUCAGAUGGGUAGCCAUAAAAUGACACUAAAGCGGUGCACAUAAUAUGUAAACAUUAAAAACAAAUUUACAUAUGGCAGUUUUCUUAAACCUUAAAUAUCUCUUCAUGUAUGUAAAAUGUUUAAAACCUACAUAACAGACGGGAAAAAAAUGAGAACAAAUAGCAUAUACAAAAUUUAAAAACGUGACAGGAUCAUCUAUAAAUAGUUUUAAAAUAGUUAAUUUGGAUUUACAAUAUACAUCAUGUUUUUUGCGCAUUCAUUCAAGUUUAAAAAUAACUAGAGUGCACAUCGUACGAUAAUAGGUUAUGUCAAAUGCGCCUUUUGUAACAGAUAUUCCCAAACAAUAACUGUUACGAAAGAUAAGAAGAGCAAUGAAAUUGCAUGCCAUUCCUGAAAGAUCAUAUUCAAUAUGUGGAGCAUUUUAUAUUCAUAAUAUUAUAUCAAUAAUUAUUUUAUGAUCUUUAUAUUGUUAUACAAAAUAAACAAUUUUAGAGAAAUAUAAAUUAAGCUUUUGUACAGAAUAUUUUCGUACCUCAUUAAUCUCCGCCAAGGUUUUCAGUUGUUUUCGUUAUUUUUUAUUUUACGCUAUAUUUGUAUCCUGAAAAUAUUUACAUAUACGAUAUAAUAACCAAUGGCACUGUUGUGCAACUUCAACGCACGUUACCAUGGGUUCGUAUUCAUUUCAGAUGAUUUUUAUUAAUUCAGUGUGAUUUCAAAUUUCAUCGCUAUUGCUUUUAUUAUAACAAUAUUUUACGAAACAUAUUUCACGUUUUUUUGUUGUUGUUUUUUUUUUUUUUGUUGUUGUUUUUUUUGUAAUAAUUAUUCAAAGAUUUCGUUUUAUUGUGUACUGACACCAGUUGCUUGAAAUGUCCGCUAAAUGAAUGAACACUUUUUCGAGUCCUGAAUAAUUUAGUCGACAUUUUGAAGAAUGGUUUACUAACAUGUACGUUGAAGAAUGUUUAAUACUGGUGUAUUUCUUUCAAUAAAUGGACUAUAAAUCAU